UGGGAAAUAGAUCACAAAGCCUGUUGCUUUGGUUGUAUAAUAAUUUAUCAAUAUCUUUGCGCAUAUUUGCUGUAGAUAAUUAAGAUAUAGUCUAUCUUUGAAUUACAGUCCGUUUGAGAUAAAGUCUCAUUGACAACCUUUCCAAUUGAUGAUCAAAUGAGACAUGGAAUGGAACUACAAGUGACUGGAAUAGCGUAGAUGUCUAGAAGAUAUAUUGGUGUUUUUUGAACGUUUAGGAACGACGUAAACAGCAGCUUUACUCAUCCACUACUUUUCACACGCUGCUGUCAUUCUUUCUGUUUUGUUUGAGGAUGUUGGACUGCUGGACUUUCCUCCUGUGAUACAAACAAACAGCAGCAGAGUUUUUUUUUUUUUUUUUUUUUCAGGAACAUCGUCGUGGCUGUUUAAGGUUUUUAUUCUAUUUUGUUUUUAUUUAUUUUUAUCGCUGUAUUGUUGCUUCCGUGAUGUCGGAUUCGGAGGCAGAAGCACCCGUGGAAGAGGUUUUCCCCGAGAAUGAGGACAGCAGCCAAGCAGGAAGCAUCAGGAAGGGGUGUGACCCGUUGGCUCAAACCCAGCGCAGUAAACUGCAGCACCGGCGAUCCCGUAUCAACCAGCAGAUCAACAAGGAGAUGAGAAUGAGGGCUGGAGCAGAGAACCUCUUCCGCGCAACUACCAACCACAAGGUGAAGGAGACUGUGGCUUUGGAGUUGAGCUUCGUCAACUCUAACCUCCAGCUGCUGAAAGAGGAGUUAGAGGAGCUCAACAGCUCCAUGGAAGUCUACCAGAAUGACAGCGAAUCGAUCAACGUGCCCAUGAUUCCUCUGGGGCUGAAAGAGACGAAGGAAGUGGAUUUGAGUGUUUCACUGAAGGACUUUAUCUGUGAGCACUAUGGAGAAGACAGUUCUCUAUAUGAGAAGGAGAUUGUGGAACUGAUGGAACUCCGGCAGGCGAUGCGUACUCCAAGCCGCAAUGAGGCUGGUCUGGAGCUGCUGAUGGAAUAUUACAACCAGCUCUACUUCGUCGAUAACAGAUUCUUCCCUCCCAACAAGAACCUGGGCGUUUACUUCCACUGGUAUGACUCUCUGACUGGCGUGCCCUCGUGCCAGCGCGCCUUGGCAUUUGAGAAGGGCAGUGUGCUGUUCAAUAUUGGGGCGCUCUAUACCCAGAUUGGGGCGCGGCAGGACCGCUCCACCAUGCCAGGCAUCGAGAAUGCCAUUGACGCAUUCCAGAAGGCUGCAGGUGCCUUCAACUACCUGAAGGAGAACUUCUCGAAUGCGCCCAGCCUGGACAUGAGUGUGCCCUCCCUGAACAUGCUGGUGCGGCUGAUGAUUGCCCAGGUGCAGGAGUGCGUCUUCGAGAAGGUGCUGCUGCAGCUACAGGGGGGCUGCCACUUCUCCACUCACCUCCAGGUGGCGCAGGAAGCUGCCAGGGUGGCCGAUGUGUACUCUCUUGUGUACCAGACCAUGACUCAGCCACCAGUGAAGGACUACGUUCCCUUCUCCUGGACAACCAUGGUUCAGGUCAAAUCAGAGCAUUUCAAAGCCCUCUCGCACUACUACGCUGCUGUGGCUUUCUGUGACCAUGACUUGCUGCCUGUGGAUGAUGAAGGUGAGAGUGAGAAGUUGCUGAUCCAGUUUCAUGUCGGCGUUCUGGAGGGGCCUGCACUCAGCACAGUGCUGCGAGACCCAGAGGAGAGACGCAAACUUGUGAAGGCUCACCUAAAGAAAGCAGUCAUGAUGCACGAGGAGGCCAUGCGGAUACAUAGCCUGUGUAAGAUCCUGCGCAAGAUGGACAUCCUGCAGGAGGUGCUGUCCUUCGCUCACAAGCGCUCGCUGGGCUGCUACUCCGAGAUUGACCAUGAGGACGACUUCUUCGAGACCGCCGAGGCGCCCCCUGUUCGCCCUAAAACACAACAGAAGCCUGAACUCAAGACUACAAACUUCUCCAAAGUGAGGGUUACAGACAUUUUUCACAGAUUGGGUCCUCUCUCUGUGUUCUCAGCGAAGAACAACUGGAGCCCCCAGCGCAGGGUGCACCUGGUGAGAGGGGAGGGGGGGUUCGGAUUCACCCUAAGAGGAGACUCCCCCGUCCUGAUCGCAGGGGUAAUUCCAGAGAGCAGAGCAGCGGAGGCGGGCCUGCGCAAGGGGGAUUACAUCAUCUCUGUGAAUGGACAGGACUGUAAGUGGUGGAAGCACGCAGAGGUGGUGCAGCUCCUGAAGAGUGUCGCUGAAGAGGGAGUGGACAUCAGUGUGAUUGCCAUCCUCCAGCCAGAGCUGCAAGGCCAGACGGACAGGAGGUCAGUGCUGCUAUCUUCGAGUGGAUUGAUGAGCAGCGACAAGGAGAAUGUGCGCAGGCUGGGCCAGAGCAACACCAGCCGCAGCACUGGCUCCCUGCUGAACUGGAACAAGAACAGCACUGCUGGGGGCAAGGAGAGCAGCAACACAUUCAGCCUGCCUUUCAGAGACACUGAGGCCAUGUACUGAGGGUGGCCAAGCGAGCACUGUAGAGAAUGGACAGAGUUAAAAAGUCACACUACCCCUGCUGCAUCUGUUACUGGAUUUCCAAGAUGUUAGGUAUGUUCUUGAAAUGACUAGCAGUCAGAACCCCCCCCCCCCC